GCCUCUUAUCUCGGUAACGGAAAAGACCUGAGAAGAGAUAUUUUCGAAUUAGUCAUGUCCUUAUGCUAAUAAGUAACUUGCAAAAAAGAUUUUUCUUCAACUCGUCUGCAUAAAAACUCCAGCCAAAUCUAUUUCGACUUCAUAUGAAUAUUAAGAAUUAAUUAAGAUUUGAAAUUUCUACAGAUUUUUUUUUAUUCUCAGAAACAUGAAAACUUUUUUCGAUUCAAUGCUUAAAAACAAGUCACAAAUUAGGAACAAAAAUUAUAGAUAGAAGAAUGAGAAUCAGCAGACUCGAAACUUUUCUCAAAUGGAAAGAUGUUUGAAAAGUAUUCCGUGAGAACCUUGUUCACAAAUUUGAUUUGAUUUUCACCCUUGAUAAAAACGUAAAGAAAGAAUCUAUUUAUUGCAUUUAAUUUUAUACUUCAAAUCAUAACAGUACAGAUGACAUAUAAUUCAUCUGUUUUCUAUAUGUUUCUGAUGGUCACCGAAAUAAUAAUGUUUUUUUCCAUCUAGAAUGUUUUCCAUUGUAAUAACAAAGGUGAUUGUCAAAUAACAUUUGAAACACGCCGUGAUUGUUCGGCCUGUCGUUUAGCCAAAUGUUUUAAGACAGGAAUGCGACAUGAUCGACUUUUAACGGAUGAACAAAAAGCAGCAAAACGUCAUCAUAUAGAAGAAAAUCGAAAUUUAGCAUUAAACUCAAAUUCUAAAACAAAUGAAGAAGAAUUUCAAUUGUCAUUAUCCAAAUUUUCAGAUGAUUUAUGUACAUCGACAGACACAAAUAUUCUUUUUACAGAUUUUAUCGAUCUUCUAUCGCCUCAGCCACUACAGACAAUACUCAGUCCGGAAGAUUUACAACGUGUAGAAACUAUAUCACUUUUUUAUCAAAAUCGUAUCAAGUUUGCGGCUCGUGAUGGUCUUCCAUGGGAUCCAUCAAUACAUACAAGAACUUUUUUACAAGUUGUCAAUAGUCAUUCAGUACAAGUCAUGCGACUUUUAUCAUUCUUCAAACAAAUACCUGAAUUUAAUCAAUUAAAUGUUGAUGAUAAAGUUACUUUAAUUAAAUAUAAUCUUAUGACAAUUCUUGGUAUAAACUGUGCACUUUCAUAUAAUACAGACACUCAUGAAAUACUUGAAAGUGAUUCUGAUGUACCAUCAAAUACAGAAUAUUUUCAAAUACUUCAUGGUUAUAAUAUGUGUAUGCAAGCAGGAAAGAUCUUUCGUUCAUUUUUACAUAUAGCUAAAUAUGAUCGAAAAAUAAUUGAAUUAACAGUUAUUAUACUUAUUCUUACAGAAGGUUUUUCAAUAACUAGUGAUCAUGAUGAAUCAAUACUUAAUGAUAAAAUGUCUGUAUAUCGUGCACAAAAUUAUUAUACAGAAUUAUUGUGGAAAUACAUGGAAACAAUGCAUGGUUAUGAAAAAGCAAUUUGUUUAUUUAGUGAACUCAUCGUACAUGUUAUCGCAUGGCAAACAAUUCAUGAAGAAAUGCGAAAUAAUAUAUUGCGAACAUUAUCACCAGACGAUAUUAACGAAUUAGUACCAAUUAUGAAAUCAAUAUUGCGCAUUUCAUAA